GUCAAAGAAAGACAACCUAUCUGGCAAAUGGCUGCACUGACGGGCCUGCAGGCUCCCUGCUCCAUGGAGCUCGGCAGCAGCUUCACUGGUCGAUCAGUAGCUUCACCCUCUGGCCGCAUUGCUGGAAGGCCCCUGCGCACUCAGGUGCAGAACGGUGCGAAGGUCUUCGCAAAGAAGACCGGCAGCAAGUCACAGGUUGGCAGGUGGAAGGGUCUGGACGAGGAUGUCUCUGAUGACCAGCAAGACAUCACUCGCGGCCGCAACAUGGUGGACUCCCUUUACCAGGGCUUUGGCGUCGGUGCUGGUGGCACUCACAACGCCAUCCUCAGCUCUGAGGAGUACCUGUCCCAGGCCCAGCGCACCCUCAACAACAUCGAGGACGGCUUCUACAUCUCACCCCCUUUCCUUGACAAGAUCUCCAUCCACGUCGCCAAGAACUUCCUGGACCUGCCCAAGAUCAAGGUCCCCCUCAUCCUGGGUAUCUGGGGUGGCAAGGGACAGGGCAAGACCUUCCAGUGCAACCUGGCCUUCAAGAAGCUGGACAUCAACCCCAUUGUCAUGUCUGCCGGUGAGCUCGAGUCUGGCAACGCCGGUGAGCCCGCCAAGCUUGUGCGCCAGCGUUACCGUGAGGCGUCCGACGUGAUCAAGAAGGGCAAGAUGUCCUCCCUGUUCAUCAACGAUCUGGAUGCCGGUGCUGGCCGCAUGGGCGCAGGCACCCAGUACACCGUCAACAACCAGAUGGUCAACGCCACCCUCAUGAACAUUGCCGACAACCCCACCAACGUGCAACUGCCCGGUGUCUACAAGCAGGAGGAGAUCCCGCGCGUGCCCGUCAUCUGCACGGGUAACGACUUCAGCACACUGUACGCGCCGCUGAUCCGCGACGGGCGCAUGGAGAAGUUCUACUGGGCGCCCAGCCGCGACGACCGCGUGGGCGUGUGCAUGGGCAUCUUCCAGCACGACGGCGUCAACCGCACCGACGUCGAGCACCUCGUCGACACCUUCCCCGGCCAGUCCAUCGACUUCUUCGGCGCCCUCAGGGCGCGCGUGUACGACGACAAGGUGCGUGAGUUUGUGAGCACCAUCGGCUUGGAGAACAUCGGCAAGCGGCUGGUGAACAGCCGGGAGGCCAAGGUGACCUUUGAGAAGCCCGAGAUGGACCUGAACACGCUGCUCAAGUACGGCAACCUCCUCGUGGACGAGCAGGAGAACGUCAAGCGCGUGCAGCUGGCCGACUCCUACCUGAGUGGAGCCGAGCUUGCCGGCAAGAGUGGCGGCUCCCUCCUGGGCUGAGCGCCCCAUGCCCACCGCACUACACACCGCGAGAUGUCCUGCCUUCCGGCAGUGCACAACAAGCCUGGCAUUGCCGCUUGCUUUUGACAGCAUGCCCGUUUAGGUCUGCAGUGUUGGUAGGCGUGCAUGCAGAGGGCGCGGGUGGUGAGCAGGCGUGUGAAGAAAUUGGAGCAUGAGAGAAGAGUCUACCCUCGGUACCAUUGCAAGGUCGCGUUCUAGGGUGCACAUGAGAUUCCGAUUACUGCUGAACUGUGCCACUGGCAAUGGGUUCUGCUGACAGAUCUACUUGAUCUUGUUAUUGGAUGUCAUCACGUUAAGCAAACAGUGGUUUUAGGAGCUUCCAUGAAAGACCCAAAUGUCUGCUGAGGAGAACUCUUGGUUUUGGAGUCAGCGCACCGGCUCUCGGUCACUCAGUUUGUUGCCUUGUUCUGACUUGGGAGGUAAUCUCCGGUGUGAAAGCUGCAUGCUUGGCCUAUUGCUAUAUCAUGCAUAUGUGUCUAAGCAGUAUCAUCCUGAGUACGCAUGUCACAUCACCGUGACGGUGAUAUCUAAUGGUACUUUUCACUUCCGGCUGUAAUGUGAGUCUGUGCAUC